AUGCUGCUUAAUCUAAACAAAUCAAAAAGUAAAUUAUAAAAAGAACCAUAGCUUUUCAAUCAAAUACGUGGUGCAAAUGACAUUCAAGGCUACAUUCAAGAUUCAGACACCGAUAGAACGAGUGUAGAAUUCAAUGAUAGAAGCGACGCAGAAUAAAAUUAAAGAUCAAAUCAAGAACACUAACCAGUAAUCUUGACAACAUUCCAAGAACUCUUUAAAGUUUUUAAUGCGAAAUUGGAAGAUGGUCAGUAUUUCAAACACAAGGGAAAGUCAUAUUAAUUAAGUAAGGAGUCUAUUGAGUUUAUGGGGCUCAGAGCAGUGGAAAAUUAAUAAUUGGGACAGACUACUGAUCAAAAUUUUUUCUAAAACAGAAAACAAAAGAGAAGUUCUUCCAAUGUAAACAGAGAUACAUUUUAGUCACCAUCUCCAUAUCAAGGAAUGCCUAUCUAAUAGCAAUUUUCUAAUUAAUACAGUAUGUUUCCCAUAAUCCCUGGGAUGAUGCAUAUGGGAGGAAGUUACUAUCAACCCUCACACCCAUUUUAACAAAAUAGUGAACUCUAAUAUCGUCUGUACUAAUAAUAGUCAUUGCAAUAAUAUCCAGUUCCAAGAGUUAUUAGUGAUUUUUCUGCUUCACAUAAUUAGAAUAGAUUGGCGAAUUAGCAAUUAGUUUAAACAGUAUAAGAUGUUCACCUUGCAUAUUUAUUUGCCUCUCCUUUAGUACUUGAGACUUCAGAGAGCAACUAUCAUGAUAUGCUAGACCCCAUUGGAUUCAAAGAGGAAUUCGAAUAAAUACUCAUGAAGCUUGAAACUCAAUAGCUUGCUUUUAGAUAUCGCUAUAUGGUCGCUAAUGACUCAAAUCUUAGAGAAUGCCUUAAUGAUAAUCCAUUAGGUCUUCAUUUUGUUGGACAUGGCUUCUAAAAUAUUGACGUUGCUUCAUUUAUGAUGGAUAAAAAAGGCUGGAUAUAAAAUAGAGGCAAAGGAGACAUGUUGAUCUUCGAAAAAGAAGAUGGAUCUUCAUCAUACUAUACCGAGACAGAUCUCAAGAAACUUUUACUUGAAACAUACUCCCAUCAGAAACUUGAAUUUGUUGUGGUAGCUAGUUGUCACUCUGAACAAGUUGGUAAAAUAUUCUAGAAUUGUGGAGCUAAACAUGUUAUUUGCAUUGAUCAAAAAACGAUUCUAUAAGAUGAAGCUGCAAUUGAAUUUUCAAAGACAUUUUAUAAUAAUUUAUUUGGCUCCAGUCAUAGUAUUUGUAAGGCAUUUAUAUCAGCCAGAGAUCAUAUAGCCAAAUAAAUAUCUAAAUUAGAGAGUGAAAAAUACAAACUACUAAUUUCAGAUGAGCAUCCACCUAAUAAAUGCAAAAUGAAUGAUAUUAGAAGGAGACUUGUUCCAGGUUAAGUAUAAUAUAAAGGUGUGACUCCGAAAAUUCUAAAGUUACCAACUAAAGUAACCCCAUUCAUCUCAAGAAACAUGGAUAUGUUUGACGUAGUCAAAACUUUAAGUGAAUGCAACAUAGUAUAAGUAUUUGGAAUGCCUGGACUCGGUAAGUCCAGUCUAUUGAAAAACGUUUCUAAUUAUAUCGGUGAAAGAAACUUUUAUAGGGAUGGGCUUUUGUACAUUAAUUUUUAAACAAUCAAAACCUUCUAAGAGGCAUUAGCUUUGAUAAUGCAAAAUUUUGAAGAUAAUACUGAUCCUUAUUAUAAAAUGAAUAAGAUUGACUUCUAAUUCAACUAAUCAUUUAGAAAGCAAGAAAAAUCCAGAUUACUAAAGUAGAUUUACAAAAAAUUUUAAAGAUUUAAAAAGGGACUAUUGCUUGUGUUAGAUAACAUAGAUGAUAUUGCUGUUGAUUAUUAAAAUGAUAUAGUUAAUUUAUUGACAAACAUCGUAUAGGACUCGACUAACUCAAUUAAAAUCUUAUUUAGUUCAAGUGUCUUCUUUGAACAAUUGGAAAAUUACAAAGUUAAGAAAUUGAGAGGUCUAAGCCAAUAACAUUCAGUAGAACUGUUUUUGACUAAAAUACCACUUUAAAACGAAGAUUUAAAUUAAUUCUUAAGCUGGGAGAGAAUUGUUGAGCUGCAUAAAUUUACAGUUGAAAAAUUUGGAGAGGGAAAUGUUAAAGUUGCUCUUUGCAAAAUUCGUAAUCACACUAGAAAAUGCGUAGUAGAAUAUCUUGUUCAGCAUCCAUUAUUCAAUCUACUAGGAGGCUAGCCAUUGUCAAUAUCUCUUAUAGCACCAUUAUCUCUUAAAUUCAGCCUUAAAGAAAUAUAUUAGCAAUUAGUUGAGUUGCCCAUCAUCAAUGUAUUUAAAGGAAAAAUAAAAGAGGAUGCUCUUAUCUUGUCUUUAGAAUUUUCAAUAAAAAUAUUGAAUGAUUCGUAUGAAAAAGCAGUUGAGCUAUUUUAUCUGAUAGGUAUUACUAAAGAAGGACUCUUUGAGGAUGAUUUAGACUAACUUUUUGAAGAUGAUGAUACCUAGAAAAAACUUUAGUCACUUAUUGAGCUCUCACUCAUAUAGUUUGAAACUUUCGAUAAAGCUGGAAAGGUAAAGCGUUUUAAAGUGACCCCAUUUAUCGAUAAAUAUGUAGAGUAAAAACUUGAGUAAAAAUCAAAGAGAGAUUUACAUAUAUUCUUAGCUAUUUACUACACCAACAAAUUAAGGAGCUUGAAAAAAGAGUUUUCAAAGAACUAAGACUAAAAAUUAUUGAGUCAAUAACUAUCAAAGUAUGAGUAAAACAUUGUUUACUGCAUGAAGGAGCUUUUUAAUAUGGACUACAAGAGGAAUACAUUACUCACUCCGUCAAAGUAAUCUUAAUCUUAGCGAAAUAGUCCAGUUAGACAAAGAAACCCAUAGAAACUUGUUGAUAAGAAUAUGCUAGAUAUUGGUAAUGCUACUUUAAAGAUGAAAGACAGUUCUGGAAAGACAAGAAUUGUUACAACAAAAGCAAAGAAACAUCAUGGACACACUCCUACAUUAUAAUUUGGAACACUUGGAGAAGAAGAAAAGAUUGAUAAAAAUUUUGAAGAGGCAUUUGAAAGAAGAAAAUUAAGUGUUAAUUAGUUUUCAGCUAAUAAUCUUAGAGCCAGUGACAAAAGUCCUUAUCAAGAAUUCCGUGAAAGGGAUGGAUACUACUAAUCAGCUCAGAAUGAAUCUUCAUCUGACUAUGUAACAGAUAAUAAUUAGAGAGUUAGAAAUCAUACUCCUAUGAGAGACUUUAAGAUAAGAUAAUCUAGUAACAUGAGAUAUUAAGAUCAGAAAAAAGAUCAAGAAUAAAAAAUACAAACAAUUCAGCAGGACUCACGUAGUACUAGAAAGCAAAGAAACUUUCCAGAAUCUCUAGAAAUCAAAUUUACUAGUAAUAGAGUAAUUAAAAAUUUCAAAAAUAGUGAUACAAAUCUUGAUACUUUGAAUCUAUUGCCAAAAUAACAACAGCAAAGUAAUAUUUCUGACAACGAUUCUGAAAACAGUGCAGCCUCUUAGAAUAAAGGAGAUGAAAACAAAUUUAGAGUUGGGGAGAAAAAGCUUUAUAUGAGAUAACUAAACAAGUUAUAGUAGCUAGAUAAAUAGUAAAUAAGCAAGAACAGAUUUGAUUAAUUAGUUAAAUCUCUGACUUUAAGACUAGGUAAGACUUAGAAAGACGAUUUUGAGCUCAUCAAGAGGGGAGGUCUUAAUUUUUAAGAUCCAUUGGAGGAAUAACUCUCCUAACUUAAAGAAUAUGAGCAUUUAUGCUUUCAUUAUGUAUCUAUUCUUACCCUUCUUGAUCAUAGAUGCUAAGAGGUGCCCAAAAUAAUAUAUUCGAAUGAAAAUUGUAGUGCUGCUUAGGACAAGAAUGAAUUGAUAAUACCAAUGAAUAACAAACUUCUUUAAGCAAACUUAAAGAUGGCUUACAUUUAUUAUCUAUUGUGUGAAAACAAAUAUGAUGCUGUGAAUGGUGAAAAUCUAGAACUAUAUUCUUUAUUCUAGGAUAUCAACUGCCCAUUAGGUGAAGGUAUAUCACUUUACCUAAAAGCUAAAUAUUUAUAAAAAAUGAAAAGAAAGAAUGCCUAUUAAAAGGCCGAAAAAUAUGUAUUAAAAAGCGCAGCAAAGUUUGAGCAAUGCCAAGAUUUGGAUGGCUUAUAUUAAUGUGUGAAGCUUCUUGAAAAGAUCAAGAAAGAUCAUCCUUAGAUAGUAUAAUUGGGAAAAAAGAUGAUUGAAAUUAAGGCGUAAAUGAAGGAAGAAAAUAAGGAAAUUUAAGACGAGAGAUUGGAACUUGACAGAAAAGCUUAGAGAGACUAGAGUGAAGAUAAAGUUAGAAACUUACUCUUGAAUGUGAUCGAAUACUCUUUUCUAAAAAAGAAAAUUACAAAUCCAAAUGACAAUGGUGGCAUUUCCAGUGUUUAGGAGUAGAAAAUUGGGAAUAACUACACUGGCACCCAAAGUCUCGAGAUCAAAAUUGGAAAUUUUAGAGGACCCUCUGCAACUCCAAAGAUACUUACUAAGAGUAAAAUAUCUAAUUUCAAUCAGCCAAGAACAGCAUUCAAGGGUGAUCAGGAUGAGGAAGCAAUAUGA